UGUGUAGAGUUAGUUACAAUUCACUGCACGGAUAAUUCGAUUUCAAUGAACGUUUAGCUAGUUUUAAGGGAUUUUAACAAUAUCGAAUGAAGUUAUUAUAUUUUAGUUUAGUUCUUUUUCAAAUUUUUCGAAUCGUGUUGAAUCAGAUAAAUUUUUCGUGUCCGGAUACAUACUGUAAUAAUGUACAAUGCUCUCAGGACGACUGCCUAGGAGGACGAAUCGUGAAGAAUGCAACAAAAUGCGGUUGUUGUCAUAUAUGUAUCAGACCUCUCAAAGUGGGAGCUAAGUGCGACACGAAAGUAUUUGCUAAAAUUCCAUUAGAAGAAUGCGGUCCUGGACUGAGAUGUGAAAAUAGAACAUGCGUUCCUUUAAAUGAGAAUUGUGCUAAAAACCAAAGAGAAUAUGAUAAAAAGUAUGAAAAUAUUGAAUUAACGACAGCACCUCCAAGACCUCAAUGCGAUAACUUUGGGGAUUUUGCACCCGUACAGUGCAAAAAAGGGAGAAUAUGUUAUUGUGUAGAUAAAAAUGGCAAUAGAAUAUUUGGAAUGGCUCCAUACUGGCAAAAGGAUCAAAUGCAUUGUAACUGUAGUAGAGAUUACGAUGAAAUAAAAGAUAGAUUAGAAGACGUGACAUAUUUUCUCCGUUGUGAAGCGAAUGGAAAUUACGAUAAUUUUCAAUGUACCGACGAUUCGUGCUAUUGUCUAAAUGAAAAAGAAGUUGUAUCUAGAGACAAUGUUGUUGAAGGACUGAAGUGUUUUAUAGAAGGAAAACAUGAUCGUCAUUUUAGUACUCCUUGUUUUAAAUUACUAAGAAGUAUGAAACAAAAUAUAGCAAACACUUCUAAAUAUUACGAUUAUGUUAUUGGUUUUGACCUUCCAGAAUGUGAUGUUGAUGGAAGUUUUGCUCCUGUACAAUGUAAAAAUGACAAAUGUUUUUGUGUCACGAAAGAAGGUGAUCCUAUUAAACGUGAUCCUUUCACUGGAGAUCCCAUAAAUACAGAAGUUCCGAGAUACUCAAAACAACCUAAACAUAUGUGCAGAUGUUUAAGGGAAAAAGAACUUUUAGCAAAGAGUGAAAAUGCAGACCAAGUUGCUGAGUAUUUUAAAAAGUACAAGUGCAAUAAAAUGGGUAGCUUCGAACCAAGACAAUGCAUUGAUUCCAUGUGUUAUUGUGUAAAUGAGGAUGGUUUUCAAAAAGAGACAGAUGAAAGUGUUUUCGUCGUCGAUCAAUAUAAUUUAAACUGCACUCGUAAUUCAUAAUAGGUUAUGAAAUAAACCCUCUCCGUUAAUUAAGCCUGUAACAUUAUAUCGAAAAUUAGAUUUCUUUCCUCACUAUUAUAAAUUUCUUAAAAAGUAUUGAAUAAAACAAUAAUAGUUUUAAA